CAGAUUUCUAAGUAGUCCUGAGGAAACAGCACUCUGUCCAUGCUAAGCAUCCUGGUUACUGAAAUGUGUAAUUUCUUUUCUCUUGAUGCAGUAGAGCAAAGAGCUUAAUCAGUUGGCUGUGUUCCAAAGAAUUUCCAGAUAACUGAAAGUAACGUGAAUGUGAAAAAAUUCAGGUGACUCAGAAAUGGAGAAUAGAAGACCUUGGCCAGAGUCCAGGCCCAGGAAUCCCCAUAACAACCACAGAGGGCCUGUGGAUGGAGAAUUAUCACAAAGAGCUAGAAAUCAGACCAGUAACGCAGCAGCCGGCGUUCUUAGAAGAGGAGCCAACCAGCCUGAAAGGCAUCCUAGGGCCAACAACCAUCUUGUUGCUUGCCGGCAAAGGGAAGAGAGGUUUGCAGCCAUGGGCAGAAACCCACAUCAGGACAGGAGGAACCAUGAGGGGCAGGCCGCUGAUGAAGCUAGAGGCCAAAGACAUGGUCAGGAGAAUGACACCAGGCGGAGAGAUGGCAACCAGGAGGUAAGGAACCGCAGACCACCAUGGCCCAAUGAAAACUUCCAGCAGUGGCGGGCCCCCUACCAGAAGCCUGCAGAACAGCCUCAGCAGGUGAAGAGACUGGGCUACAAGUUCCUAGAAAGUCUUCUGCAGAAAGACCCCUCUGAGGUGGUCAUCACCCUUGCCACAAGUUUAGGUCUGGAGGAGCUCCUGUCUCAUUCUUCCAUGAAAUCCGCCUUCGUUGAGCUCAUCUGCCAGGUUCUUCGUAAGGCUUGCAGCUCCAAAAUGGACCGCCAAAGCGUUCUCCACGUGCUGGGCGUGUUGAAGAAUUCUGAAUUCCUCAGAGUCUGUCUGCCUGCGUAUGUGGUACGGAUGAUUACUGAACCCCUUCCCGACAUUCGAAACCAGUAUCCAGAACACAUUAGCAACAUAAUCUCCCUCCUCCAGGACCUUGUAAGCGUCUUCCCUGCCAGCUCUGUGCAGGAAACUUCCAUGCUUAUUUCCCUCUUGCCGGCUUCUCUUAAUGCCUUGAGAGCCUCUGGUGUUAACAUAGAAGAAGAGACAGAAAAGAACCUGGAAAAGGUUCAGACCAUCAUUGAACAUCUGCAGGAAAAGAGGCGAGAGGGCACUUUAAGAGUGGACACCUUUACUCUAGUGCAAUCUGAGGCCGAAGACCAUGUUGACAGCUAUCGGACCAUGCCCAUUUACCCUACCUACAAUGAAGUACACAUGGAUGAGAGACCCUUUCUUCGCCCCAAUAUCAUCUCCGGAAAAUAUGACAGCACCGCUGUUUAUUUGGAUACUCACUUCCGACUUCUUCGAGAAGAUUUUGUCAGACCCCUACGGGAAGGGAUUCUGGAGCUUCUUCAGAGCUUUGAAGACCAGGGCCUGAGGAAGAGAAAGUUUGAUGACAUCCGAAUCUACUUCGAUACCAGGAUUAUCACCCCCAUGUGUUCAUCAUUAGGCAUUGUCUACAAGGUGAAGUUUGACACAAAACCACUGAAGUUUGUUCGCUGGCAGAAUUCCAAGCGAUUGCUCUAUGGGUCCUUAGUGUGCAUGUCCAAGGACAACUUUGAGACGUUUCUUUUUGCCACUGUGUCUAACCGGGAGCAAGAAGAUCUCUGCCAAGGAAUUGUCCAGCUCUGCUUCAACGAGCAGAGCCAACAGUUGCUAGCAGAGGUCAAGCCCUCUGACUCUUUCCUCAUGGUGGAGACAACCGCGUACUUUGAGGCCUACAGACAUGUCCUCGAGGGACUUCAGGAGGUCCAGGAGGAAGAUGUCCCCUUCCAGAGAAACAUUGUAGAGUGUGACUCUCAUGUGAGGGAGCCAAGGUACUUGCUGGAAGGGGGCAGGUACGAUUUCACCCCCUUGAUAGAGAACCCCUCAGCCCCUGGGAAGUCUCUGAGGAACACCGAGGGCUUGAGACGUCCCAGGGUUAAUGUCUUAGACCCCACUCAGUGGCCCUCAAAGGAAGCCCUGAAGCUGGAUGACUCCCAGAUGGAAGCCUUGCAGUUUGCGCUCACAAGGGAACUGGCUAUUAUUCAGGGACCUCCUGGAACAGGCAAAACCUAUGUAGGUCUCAAAAUUGUUCAGGCCCUUCUAACCAACGAGUCUGUUUGGCAAGUUAGCCGCCAGAAGUUUCCUAUCUUGGUUGUGUGUUACACUAAUCAUGCUUUGGACCAGUUUCUGGAAGGCAUCUACAGCUGUCAAAAGACCAGCAUCGUGAGGGUGGGUGGAAGGAGCAGCAGUGAAAUCCUGAAGCAGUUCACCCUGAGGGAGCUGAGGAACAAGCGAGAAUUCCGCCGUAGCCUCCCUAUGCACCUCCGAAGGGCCUACAUGAGUAUCAUAACGCAGAUGAAGGAGUCAGAGCAAGAGCUACAUGAAGGGGCCCAGUCCCUGGAGUGCACCAUGCACGGCGUCCUACGGGAACAGUCCCUAGAGAAGUACAUCUCUGUCCAGCACUGGAAAAGCCUGACGAAUGGACCAGUACAGGAUACUGAGUGGGUGAGCUUCCAGGGAUGGAAACAUUCCAUGAUGCUGGAGUGGCUGGGUCUAGGUGUCGGUUCUUUCACCCAAAGUAUUGCUCCAGCAGGGCCUGAGAUUACAGCCCAGGCAGAAGGGGAGGAGGAGGAAGAAGGUGAAGAGGAGGCUUCACUGAUCAAUAUUGCAGAGGAGGCCGAUCUGAUUCAAGCAGACCGGGUGAUUGAGGAGGAAGAGGUGGUGAGGCCCCGGCAGAAGAAGAAAGAAGAGAAUGGAGCAGACCAGGUGUUGGCGAAAAUGCUUCUGGCCAUGAGGCUAGACAACCGUGGCCAAGGGACAGCAGCUGGGCAGGAGCAAGCCACAGAAGAGUGGCAGACCCAGCGCAGUCAGAAAAAGAAAAUGAAGAAGAGAGUGAGGAAUGAGCUUCUCAAACUGAACACCAUGACCGAAGCCGAGGCCAAUGAAAUCCAGGACAUUUGGGAGUUGGACCUGAAUUCUCGAUGGCAGCUUUAUAGGCUGUGGCUACAGAGGUACCAGGCUGACACUCGCCGGAAAAUCCUCAACUUCGAACGCCAGUACCGCACAUCAGCAGAGAGAAUGGCUGAGCUGAGGCUCCAGGAAGAUCUACACAUCCUUAAAGAUGCCCAGGUCAUAGGGAUGACAACCACAGGUGCUGCCAAAUACCGCCAGAUCUUGCAGAAGGUGGAGCCCCGGAUCGUCAUUGUGGAGGAGGCUGCCGAAGUCCUUGAGGCCCACACCAUUGCCACACUGAGCAAAGCUUGCCAGCACCUCAUUCUGAUUGGGGACCACCAGCAGCUGCGCCCCAGUGCCAACGUGUAUGAUCUGGCCAAGAACUUCAACCUUGAGGUGUCUCUCUUUGAACGGCUAGUGAAAGUAAACAUCCCCUUUGUCCGUCUGAAUUACCAGCACCGCAUGCGCCCUGAAAUUGCCCGCCUUUUGACUCCCCACAUUUACCAGGAUCUGGAGAACCACCCCUCCGUUCUCAAGUAUGAGGAGAUUAACGGAGUCUCUUCCAACCUUUUCUUUGUAGAACACAACUUCCCUGAGCAGGAAAUCCGAGAAGGCAGAAGCCACCAGAAUCAGCAUGAGGCUCACUUUGUGGUAGAGCUGUGCAAGUACUUCCUGUGCCAGGAAUACUCGCCCUCCCAAAUCACCAUCCUCACCACCUACACCGGCCAGCUCUUCUGCCUGCGCAAACUCAUGCCUGCCAAGACAUUUGCUGGUGUCAAGGUCCAUGUCGUGGAUAAGUACCAAGGGGAAGAGAAUGAUAUCAUCCUCCUCUCUCUCGUGCGGAGCAACCAAGAAGGCAAGGUGGGAUUUCUCCAGAUCUCCAACCGCAUCUGCGUGGCCUUAUCCCGGGCCAAGAAGGGGAUGUACUGCAUCGGAAACAUGCAGAUGCUGGCCAAGGUGCCCUUGUGGAGCAAGAUUAUCCAUACCCUUCGAGAGAACAAUCAAAUAGGCCCCGCACUCCGUUUGUGCUGCCAGAACCACCCUGAUACCCACACUUUGGUGUCCAAAGCUUCUGACUUCCAGAAAGUGCCUGAAGGAGGCUGUAGCCUGCCCUGUGAGUUCCGGCUGAGCUGCGGGCACGUCUGCACCCGGGCCUGCCACCCCUAUGACUCCUCGCACAAGGAGUUCCAGUGCAUGAAGCCCUGCCAAAAGAUAAUCUGUGGAGAUGGGCACCGGUGUCCCCUUGUUUGUUUCCAGCAGUGUCAGCCUUGUGAGGUGAAGGUGCCCAAAACCAUUUCUCGGUGUGGCCAUGAACAAAUGGUCCCUUGUUCUGUGCCUGAGUCAGAUUUCUGCUGCCAAGAGCCUUGCCCCAAAUUCCUGACAUGCGGGCAUAGGUGCAGCCACCCAUGUGGUGAGAAAUGUGUGCAGUGGUGUUCAGAAAUGGUCACCACGGAACUCAAAUGUGGGCAUAGUCAACAAGUGGAGUGUGCUCAGGUGGAGGCCAUUAAGUAUGGUCUGCCAGUCAAGUGCAUCACAAAGUGUAGCACCAUUUUGGACUGUGGGCAUCCUUGCCUUGGCUCCUGCCACAGUUGUUUUGAAGGGCGCUUCCAUGAACACUGUCAGCAACCCUGUGAGCGCCUGCUCAUCUGCUCACACAAGUGCCAGGAGCCGUGCAUCGGUGAAUGCCCUCCCUGCCAGCGGACCUGCCAGAACCGCUGUGUCCACAGCCAAUGCAAGAAGAAGUGUGGGGAGCUGUGCAGCCCCUGUGUGGAACCCUGUGUCUGGCGUUGCCAGCACUACCAAUGUACCAAACUCUGCUCUGAGCCCUGUGACCGACCCCCAUGCUAUGUGCCUUGUACUAAGCUGCUACCCUGCGGCCACCCUUGCAUUGGUUUGUGCGGGGAGCCGUGUCCCAAGAAGUGCCGUGUCUGUCACCAGGACGAGGUUACCCAGAUCUUCUUUGGCUUUGAGGAUGAGCCCGAUGCCCGCUUUGUGCAGCUAGAAGACUGCAGCCACAUCUUUGAGGUGCAAGGCCUGGACUGCUAUAUGAAUGAGCAGAAAGACGAUGAAGUUGCCAUCAGACUGAAAGUCUGCCCUAUCUGCCAGGUGCCUAUCCGCAAAAACCUAAGGUAUGGAACCAGCAUCAAACAGAGGCUGGAGGAGAUUGAAGUCAUCAAGGAAAGGAUCCAAGGCUCAGCAGAGGAAAUCGCCACCAGCCAGGAACGACUUAAGGCCCUGUUGGAGAAGAAGAACCUCUUCUACCUCUGGCUUCCUGAAGAAUUCCUGAUGCUAAAGAAGAAGCUGGCCCAGAAAAAUCUGUCAGUGAAGGGCCUAGGGCUUGUUGAGAACUGCAUCAGCUUCUACGACCGCUUGGCUGGCCUGUGGGAUUCCCUGAAAAGGGUGCAUGUCUUAGAACAAAACAAUGUGAGCUAUCGACUAAACCAGGUUCAUGAGUGGCUAGGAAAGAAGCGUCUGAGCUUUACCAGCCAGGAACUGGGUGACCUCCAAAGUGAAAUCCAGAGGCUCACAUUCCUGGUGAACCUCCUGACCCGCUGCAAGAUGGCAGAGGGGAAGGUGAAAGGUAGUGUAGCAGAAGAGGUCUCCAGUGUCCGAAAGAUCCUCAUGAGCACAUGUAAGUUCACCGAGGAGGAUGAACAGCUUGUGCAGGAAAAGAUGGAAGCUCUGAAAGCCAGCCUUCCCUGCUCUGGCCUGGGCAUCUCAGAGGAAGAGCGAGUGCAGAUUGUCAAUGCCAUGGGUUAUCCUCGUGGCCACUGGUUCAAGUGCCCCAAUGGCCACAUCUACGUGAUCAGCGAUUGUGGGGGAGCCAUGCAGAGGGGCACGUGUCCUGACUGUAAGGCGGUGAUUGGCGGCAUAAAUCAUACCCUGGAGAGGAGCAACCAGCUGGCUCCUGAGAUGGAUGGAGCCCAACAUGCUGCUUGGUCUGAAACUGCCAACAACCUGAUGAACUUUGAGGAGAUCCAGAGGAUGAUAUAGCACGAUGGCAUACCCACCGCUGCCUUUUGCCCUGGCCACUGUAUGGCUAGGGGCCACUUUCUUAGGAAGGAACUGAAGUUUGUUUUUUAUUAUUGUCCACUUAAUCUUAGCACCUGUUUAAGGAUCCACUUUUAGGACUUGCCCAUAUUUGUUUCUAGAUUUACCCCUGCGCUAGAGUAAGCACUUUACCUCCAGAACUGAGAGCAAAGUUAACAAAUUUCUCCUAUUUUUCCCUUCUGCAAGUGAGUGGACAGACUACCUGGGACAUGUAUGGCUUCCACCCAGGCUACCCAGUGGGAUCUCUGGGUCAUGAUUUGUCAGAUGUUUUUUCUGCCAUGCUGCCAGGCAGUUUGAGUUAAACAGACUGAUCCUCCUUGCCAGACCCUAACUUGCAGACUAAAUUUCAUUCUAAUAAACAGGCCCAGGGGAGUUGUUUAUGAACCAUUAGCCUUUCAAGGAGCACAAGAAUCCCUCCUGCCCAGUUCCUUGGGCACCCUUACUCCAGGAGACAGAGGCAUGUAAUCCCACCAAGACCUCACCAACCCUGACCCACUCACAUGGUCACUGAGAGGGGAAGCGUGGCCCUCCCACAUGUGGGGGCUUCUGCUGCAGGCCCAGGCUAACUAAGGAGUGAUCCCUGGACUUUGACUUGCAUUUUGGGACGGUGGGGGCUUUGCCCGCAGUGGGACAGUGUCAGUAGCAGGGCUGGUUUCCCUAGGCCCCGAAUGAAACUAAACUCACAUUUGGAACCAGAAGCCCCUCUCCAGAAUGUGACCCCUCAUCCCAUCACCCUCUACUGCAGCUUUCACCUGGGCAGGGCGAACAUGGCAGCAGCUUCUGCCCCGUACCAGAAGCCAGCCCCCAGGCCUCCCGCCCUUGUAUGCAUUCGUUCGUUCCCUCAGUCCAGUGUUCCCUCGAACACUUAGGCAUCUCAGGUCCUUUCUAAUGUUGGCGCGGGAAACCUCCCUUUCUUACAUAUGCACUUCCUUUUUUGUCUUUACUAUGCACUUUAGCCUCUAAAGCCAAUUAAUAAAAACGAUGACUGAGAAAA